CUUCAAAUCUAAAUAAUAUAAAUUUUUCUGUGAUAUGCCGGGGCCGGAUGUAAGAGCCAAUGACAAUGUCCUCGGAGAAAUGUCGACAGAGCCCACGGCGACUGUACACAGCGGUGUCGACGCAAAAACCGAACGAAAAUUAACUGUACUUGAGACGCAUGGAUAUGUUCUGGGCAGAACAAUUGGAUCUGGCUCGUAUGCCACCGUCAAGGUGGCCACCAGCGAUAGACAUAACUGUCAAGUGGCAAUUAAAAUAAUAAGCAAAUUUCAAGCGCCAGGGGACUACCUAAAGAAAUUUCUUCCGAGAGAAAUAGAAGUCGUAAAAGGCUUGAAACAUGAAAAUUUGAUACGGUUUCUUCAAGCUAUCGAAACUACUCAUAGAGUGUACAUUGUGAUGGAAUAUGCUGAGAACGGCAGUUUACUAGAUAUAAUCCGCAAAGACCAGCAUAUAGAUGAGAUGCGCGGUCGCCGCUGGUUUCGGCAACUCGUCGAAGCCGUCGAGUAUUGCCAUGAAAGGGGUGUAGUCCACAGAGACAUAAAAUGUGAAAAUCUCCUCAUGGACCACAGUUUAAAUAUAAAGUUAUCGGACUUCGGAUUCGCAAGAGGCCACAUGAAACCAAAAAAUGGGGUCUAUGCUUUAAGCGAGACAUUCUGCGGCAGUUACGCGUACGCCUCUCCGGAAAUCUUAAAAGGGGUUCCGUAUAGACCUCAAGACUCGGAUAUUUGGAGUAUGGGUGUAGUUCUGUAUGCAAUUGUGUACGGGCGUCUGCCUUUUGAUGACACGAAUUACUCACAGUUGUUGAAGCAAGUACAGAACAAAGUAUCUUUUCCCCGCGAACCAAAAGUUUCAACUGAAUGCCGCAAACUUAUCACCAAGAUACUCUCACCUUUGAAGGUUCGAGUCAAGAUACCUCAGAUCCUCGCCGACCCCUGGCUGAAUCCUAACCAGCCUGUGAAAGAUGAAGAGGUGGAUACCGCACAGUUCCAGGUCCCGCAAGCGGAUGUCCAAAUAAUGCAAACAAAAAAGCAUACUGUAGCAGAACUCUAGGAAACCGUACAAGUUAGUAAGGACGAAAUCAAAAGCGUCAAUAUUGGAACAGUGACAUUUGACCGAAAAUUAGAAGGAGUUAAAUGAAAUCAGUGGAUAUUUUUCUUUUUCACAAAAUUACGAUGACUUUGAAA